UGUUUACCUGUGUCCACUGCUCUGUAACUAGAUCAAUCAUCAGCUGUUAAUAAUCGAUGCAGCUCUGAUCAAUUAUACAUGGAGGAGGCUGGUGAGGUCAGAGGUCAUAGGGGCUGGGCUCAGAGUCUGUGUGAUGUCAUAAAAACUCUCUGACCAUCAAAAAACACAAAAACACACAAAAACACACAAAAACAGAACACCAGGUUAUUAAAAUAAAAUAAAAUACUGACUAUCAGAGGAAACAACAAUCAUACAAACCACAACAGACAGAGUCAAAUCAGGACAAUAUGCAAAUACGCACACACACACACACACACACACACACACACACACACACACACACACACACACACACACACACACACACACACACACACACACACACUGGGGAGGAGACACUUGAGUUGAAAGUGAGAGCAGACGUCUCAACAGGAACAAGCUUCAUCUCUAAGUGGGACUGUCUCAUCAUAAUUAUUAUUGUUUUCUUCAUCACCACCUGCAUCUUCAUCUUCAUCAUCAUCACCAGGUGGGUCUUUUUUUGUCUGUGUUUCUGAUUGGCUAAUUGGAUGUUUGUGAAAAAAAAAAAGCAUGUCAUGCCAGUUUGGUCACAUGAUCACCUCAGUGUACACUCUCAUAAGUAUGUGUUUGUUUUAAUCUGAGAGAUGAUGGUUACUAUGGAAACAGGAUUAUUACCAUAAAGUGGUUGAGUGUUUUCAGACCUCAGAUCAGUUUUUUCAAACUUUGACUUCAGUAUGUUUAAUUCUUAUGUCUGAGAAAUACAAGUGAUCAGAAAAUUAAGUCAACAUUUUUCUUUAUUAGUCUAAUAACAUGUCAGUUUCCAUGGUAACACACCUGUGUGUCAGUCAGCUGGGAUGCGUUCAGUGGAAAAAGAGCUCAUUAAUAGUGUUUAAUUAUCCAGAAGUUUCCACAGGUUUGUCUUACUGUUUUACUAAUCCAAUCUCACUUGUCCAAACUCUCUGAUUUCUCCUUGACUAAAUCUGCAUCAAUCCAUCACCCCAAAACUGAAACCACAUCUCUGGCUUUAGACAGAACCCUGAGUUCUCAGAAGAACUAAAACUAUUCACACACUGUAAAAAGUCACAGAGUAACAGGUGUUUUGAAUUCUGUCAUAUAUCCCAGAAUGCACCUGUGCAGGCUGAGCUCAUUUCCAUGGAUUUGCCUGCAGAGUCUGAGCAGCAAAAACAAACCACUGCAGGGUUAUUUAAUAAGAUGUGACCUUACAGCACCUUCAGUCUGAAGUCUGGAGGUCAGAUGUUAAAUACCAACACUGCAAAGGUGCUUCAUGGGAAAUGUGGUGUUGAGAGUUUUUAAUGAAAUGCAACGUAUCCUGUGAACAAAGAGUAUUAGAACAUAUAAUAUAAUGCUGUAAAAAUGUUCAAACUUUAUCAAAGUUCAUAUACAUCAGUUUGUUUCUUUUUGUGCUUGUUUUCCUUAAUAUUCUGACUUUCUGUUUCUUUUAGUCUCAGCUUCCUGCCCCUUGCUGUCACUGUACUCUGAUUGGCUGGGAUGACAGAAGUGAUUAACACCUGUGAGCCGACAGUGGGCGGAGCUUCUGGACAGGAGGGGGUGUCUUUCCAGGUGAGACAUUUACUCAGUACGUUUACAUGACACUCGAGAAAACCGAAUUACUGCCUUAGUCUGAUUGAGACCAGACAAGUGAAGUACAUAUAAACACCUUAGUCUGACUAUAACUGGAGUUUGAGAACUCCGAUUGGAGCUGGAGAACUCCGAUUUAGACACCCAGAAAAUGCGAUUGGAAUUCGAUUUUCUCUGCCAUGUAACCAGCGUAGUCAGAGUAUGAUUGGACAAUGCAUGUGCGCGUGCGCCACGCCCCUAUAACCCCAGAAGAAAAAACACCAGAGAAGAAGAGUAGCGUGCAUCUCAUCUGCUGAAAAAAGUAGCCCGUACAUCAUGUAUGACAAAAACAACUCUGUCUGGGGCGGACCUGCUGUUGUCGUUAACAGUCAUAUGGGGUCGGAAACAGCGCAGCUGUGAAGACACGUUCACGUCAAUUAUUCAAUUUUCUCAGCUGCAUGUAUAUGUGAACAAGUAGAGAAAUCUGAUCCAGGGAAAAAAAAUGAAUUAUGAACUUAGUCCAAUAAUGCUGUGCAUGUAAACGCACUGACUGAUGUUUUCAGGUGUACCGUCCCUUUAAGAAAUGUGACCUUUCUAUCAAAGUGAACUGUAAAGGUGAGUCUACCUGACCUGAAGUCACCAUGUGGUUCCCUCCAUGCCAGCUGUUUCCAGACGCUGUUGAGCGUUUCCCAAAACUUUCCAGGCGGGUUCCAUCCAUUGUCGUGGAGCCAACAGAUGGUGAAGAGGUAGAGAGCGGCGAGCUCCGCUGGCCCCCUGAUGAUGUUAGCAGUGAUGUCGGAGAGAGCCCCACCCAUAAUACAGGUGAAGGACCUAGCGCCUAAUGAUUUUAGACACUGCAGCGAUCAUUGAUGAGCCCACCUGGGCUGUGAUGUCAUCAGGUGUCUGAUUGUUUUUUAGAUCCAGGUGUGCUGGUGGAGGAGGUGGAGCCACAGAAGCCAAAAGAGGGCGGGGUUUCUUUUCCGACUGACUGACACAACUGAUAGGCUCUCAGCCAAUCAGAGUGGAGGUAUAAGCAGUGACAAGAGGGGUGGGGCCAUCUCUUAGAGCCCCUUCUUCAGGCCUAUGGAGGCGGAGUCAGAGGAAAAAGGACAAGAAAUUCCCAACAAGAGAUAAAAUUUAAAAUCUGGAGAGUACCAG